AUGGCUCUGGCGAUGGAAUCGCAGAAGUUCUCUCACAUGGAUUCUCUUCGCCUUGAUUCCAGAAGGUUAAAGCCACUUUCUUCUCUUCGGUCAUUUUACACAAGCAGUUUUAAUGAGACACCACCUGCUGGCGAAGAUACCGGCAAUUCCCUUCUGUGGAGAGCAGCGAAUCCGGAAGAUCUGCCUCCAGAGGCGGUUAUGCGAAUCGCGACUUCACAGUUGCUCAAUCGCAAGGUCAUAGCUGCGAUGACUGGUCCUGACAGUGGGUUCCAGGCCGCUCGGGAGUGGAAAGACAAGAGCACCUCAAAGACUCUUGUCUGUGGAACUCAUGGAGUAAAUGGUUGGCCUGCGAAUGUCUACGCCUUUCGUGGCCGCAAGGUAACCACGCGAGGCGCGCGUCAUCCUCAUCCACAAUCCACCCUUCCAUUUUCGGGUGUCCACCGCAUUGAUUUCAAUGCCACGGCAUCGGCACCUCUUAAAGCAUCUGACGGAGUUUCCAGCGUCCUCACUAUCAUUCAGCACAUCAACGCGUCGUGGGCGCGCUGGGGUCGCUCGGCCCGCAUCACAGGUGACCCGAUCGCUGACGCAUUUGUGGUGAAGGUGCGACCAAACAGCGCCUUCCUCGCCGUCGCCGACGGUGUGAAUUGGGGGGAAGCAGCGAUGCGCGCUUCUCGCUGCGCCAUUAAUGCCGUCUACGAGCACCUCGAAACCAACCUCCUCCUUGGUGGACCCCAAGCCCUCAAAAUCCACAACACUCGGGACGCUGCUAGCCUUCUGUUCGCGGCUUUCCGUCAGGCUCACCUCGAUAUUACGGCGCAGACGCGGGGCCUUACGACCCUCUGCGUAGGUCUGCUUCUGCCGGUGCACUUGAGCGAGCGUCACCGACGCCACCGCUCUGGUCAGUCGAGCCUCUCCACAUCUUCUUCUGUGGAGGAGGGCAUCGAGGAACCCGAGACGUCGCGCUACAGCAGUGCCCUCAUUGUCGCCUCCGUCGGAGAUUCGCAAGCCUUCCUGCUGCGUGAGGGCACCGACACAGUCGAGGUUACCGGCUGGGUUCCCCCGCAUUCGUCCUCUACAGACGCCAAAACGGACUGUGAGACCGAGGGUUUUCCGGAGAGAGACUUCCGUGACGCUGGUGGUGCCCUUGGUCCCGUCUACGAGUGUGGCGAGCCGGAACUACAGAACCUGAUGUGUGCGGUAGUGCACUGCGCUCCAAGGGAUGUGAUAAUCUUCGGAACUGAUGGUCUGACGGAUAACUUUGAUCCAGUGAUCCUUCGCAUCGCUAUACCACGUUCUCCAGACAUCACCUACGUGGACGAAAACGAGGCUGAGAGUGGCAGUACUACUCUUUCUAAGGUGUACCCAAACGCGUGCCAUAACUGGGCCAAAAUGACCCCUAUCUCGACGCCCUAUGCGCUGCUGGUGUGGCCCAAACCGCCGCCUCCCCCACCAUCGGCCCUACCACCGGCAUUGACACCACCAGAACCCGAUUCGCUUCUGUCUAGUCCCGACGGGGUGAGUGCGCGCAGCCUCAACUACACCGACCAGUUGGAGCUCACCUGGCCGGAACGUCGUCAGUAUGCGGCAAAGGAACUCACGCGCAUUUGGUACGAGCUCGAGCACACCGGCAAUGGUGAAGUUUCUGCAGCAGACUUUGGGGAGGCCCUACUGAGGCACGUCAAGCGUGUGACAGCACAGAAGCGCCAAUUCCUCGAGGCACCCGAAACUACCAAGUUAAAGGCGCAGUUCUCGCGAUACAUGCGUAAGAAGAAUUCGAUGCAAGAGAAGACCGAACCAGGGAGUGCAGCUAGCGGUGGUAGUUGCGGAAGCGUAGGAACUGCUAAGAAGGACGAUGAGUUGUGUGAGUUGGAGCGCAGGCGAGCUUGGAUCAUGGACUCGAUGAAAAGAAUGCCUGGCAAAUUAGAUCACGCUACGGUGGUCGUUCUGCAAGUCGGCUCCGGUUAA